UUCUGUAGUUGAAAAACGCGUAGUUAAAAUUUUCUUCUUUCCCUAACCCCUUAUAUCAACCUUUCUCUCUUUAUCGUUCCUCUCACAACUAAAACCAAAAAAAAAAAAACUUCAUUUCUAUCCGAGUCAACUCAUUCUGAAACUAAAUGAACUCGGACACGCUUCCCUCCUCCACGGCGUCGUUUUGGUGCUAUAGCUGCACGCGUUUCGUUCACCUUUUGGAUCACAAUGACGUCGUUUGUCCCCACUGCACAAGCGGUUUUGUGGAAGAGAUUCACGCCGGUAACUCUCCGGCUGUUUCCUUGUUCGCAGACGGAAUCCAUUCUUCCAGGAGACAAACCUCCCGCCGGAGACGUCGUAACGCUGGCAACAGAUCGCCUUUCAAUCCUGUAAUCGUGCUUCGCGGACCUAGAGAGGACAACGGCGGUAGCGGCGGCGGUGAAAGUGAGGGGAGUAGCUUUGAAUUGUAUUAUGAAGACGGCAAUGGCGCCGAUCUACGUCCGCUUCCGCCUAAUAUGUCGGAGUUAUUGCUUGGUUCCGGCUUCGAUCGAUUGCUCGAGCAAUUCUCUCAGAUCGAAAUCAACGGUUUCGGUAGGGCGGAGAAUCCACCGGCGUCAAAGGCGGCGAUAGAGUCAAUACCAACGGUGGACAUCACCGACGCAGAGGUGGAAGAAGAAACGCACUGUGCGGUUUGCAAAGAAGCAUUCGAGCUUGGUUCAGAGGCGCGUAAGAUGCCGUGCAAGCAUCUUUACCAUUCCGAUUGCAUUCUCCCAUGGCUUUCGAUGCGAAACUCGUGCCCGGUCUGCCGCCACGAGUUACCUUCCGAUCAAAACCUAAACCAAAACCCCUCGGAGAGUAGAUUAUCUGGCCAGACCGAUGAAGAAGCGGUUGGAUUGACGAUAUGGAGAUUACCAGGAGGUGGAUUCGCCGUCGGGAGAUUCACCGGUGGUCGGAGAGCCGGUGAGAUUCAGUUACCGGUUGUUUACACUGAGAUGGACGGCGGUAAUAACUCAAACGAAGAUUCUAGAAGCGUCUCUUUGGCAGUAGGAAGCAAUAGAGUUAGAGAGAGACGUGGAAUUCGCAGAAUUUUUCGUAAUUUUUUAUCGUUUUUUGGUUCCGUUAAUUUAAACCGUAGCCGUAGCGUUUCUGGUUCUGGUUCUGGUUCAUUUUUUAGUAGAAGUUCACGGAGAAGAAGCAGAACUUGGGUAACGGAAUAAUUAUUUGGUUACUGUUGAGAUGAAGUUAUGUUUGAAAAGCAAUUAAAUUAAAUUAUUCGUUUAGUGUAAAAUUAAUCAAUGAUUUAGUUGAUUCGUUUUGUAAGAAUUCCCUUAAGAUUGCUAAUGCAAUACAGAAUUAUCCAAUUUGCAAUGCAACUAGUUAAUGAUUAUUGUUGGCGUUUGUUUGUUGGGUUGGUGGGUAAAUGAUGAUGAUACAUUGACACUCCAUAAAGCAUGCGUUUCAUGAUUUUGUCCAUCCUCUCUGUCUAUGUUUAUUUUAACGCCUACUUGCGUAAUUAUGGACAUAGUGGUUGCUAAAAGAUAAAGGCUGUUUUGUUUUCCAUGUUGCUUUGGCUUUUAGCUUUACUCUUUUGGUUUUUGAUAGGUAUGGUGGAGCAAAAUUUAUGCCCAUACCGCUAGCAGUGAAGUUAAGUGCUACUUGACUAGUUCGUGUCUUGGUUGCAACAAGGGGGUCUCUUUGAGUUUUAGUCAGUCGUUGUAACCGUGUCUACUGUAGACAUACUAUUAGUAUGUUGAAUACGUCUGAAAGGACUUGGCUAAACAUUGUUCACUGAUUGUUGUCUGGUCGUGUUGAAUAUGACAACUGUAUUACACUUUAAUUCGACUAAUCAAUUCAUGAAUUUUGGCAUGUUUUGGUUAGGAGUUCAGCUGACUAAAGUUGAACACUUCCAAGUUCCAACCACUAUAAACAAAAUUUAAUUUAAUUACACAAAUUGAUAUUUGAUCAUCUACGAAGAGCCUAUUUGUUUUAACU